UCAGUUAUGGGCCAAGAGGACUGAUUAAAUAUUCAAGAGAAGUGCGAUUGCGACUGCAACCAAUACUACGCUUCUUUUAGCAUCGUAAAAUGAAAAAAAAAAAAAAAAGAAAAAGAAAAAACAUUAUAGUAACAUAAACAGUCCUCCAUUAAAUUCAAUGGAUUACGCUAAUUGUAGUGGAGAUCCGGAUUCGAUUCUGCAAUGAAUAAUGGGUUCGCCCAAGCCCAUAAAAAAACCCGCUUGAUAUUUGAUAAUCGAGGCGACACUUGCCCUGAUUUCCCUACUCCGGCCCCCAAAUCCGCUGAUUGAUGAACUGCUGAAUUGACAGGGAAGGAAAGGCGGGAUUUUUUAAAAACUAUAUUUAUUUACCGCAUUCACUCUUCCCACCCACAGUUUCAAAACCACUACUCCUCACUCCUCAAAUCCACCGGCCAAAAAGAUUUAAUUUUUUAUUAAGAGAAUAUUUGUUGUUCUCGAUUUUUGCCGAUUUUCACUGUGAAAAUUUGCUGUAAUAUACCAAUUAAGUUGGAAGCCUGAAGCCUGAAGGCGGGAGCUAUGGAGGGAUCGAACGAGCAGGAUGUUAAGCUCGAGAUCUGCUUGAAUUUGGAUACAAGGCUCGAACUCCACCGGCCGGAGGAAAAGGAGAAGUCGCCGGAGUUGACUCAAUCAGAAGGAGCCGUUAGUUUUACUGACGUGAAGGUGAAUGCUGGUUCAGCGGCAGGUGAAGCCAAAAUUAACGGCGUUUCCGAGGUUGAAAAUGUGGUAAAGGUAAAGCCGGAGAAUAUGAAAGAUGCCUCUCUGCCGGAGCAGAAGCCGCGCCGUAAAAGAGGAAGACCCCCGAAGAAUAUUAGUAAAGCUGAACUGAGCAGCGAGGCAGUUUUUGCGUCAGAAAAGGGGAAUUUAGAGGGAAAGAUGGAAGAGCAGCAGAAUCGUCCUCGGAAAAGAGGAAGACCACCGAAGAAUCGAGCUGAGAGUGAUGGGGAUUCCAAAACAAAAGGUCUUGCUGAUGAAAGUUUGGAGCCUGACAAAGAUAAGAGGCAAUGUAAAGGCCAAAUGGAAGAAAACCGGGAAGAAAUUUGUACUCAUGUGGAAAUGGGGGAGAUGCAGAAGCCUCGUCGUAAAAGAGGAAGGCCGCCAAAAAGUAAGAAUCAAGCUGAUUGUGCCGAGAAAAGUUUGGAGUCUGGAAAAGAAGGGGUCGAAAAUGGGGCUCCUGUGAAGAACAAUAAGCCAGGUAGAAGAGGUCGGAAACCAAAAGCAAACAGAACUCAAAACCAGAGCCUUGGUGAAGAUGGGGGACUGGGUUUGGAGAGUGAAAACCCUGCUGAGAAUGAUAAAAAAAGACGAGUUAAAAGGCAGGUUAGAAAUCAACAAGAAAUCAACAAGGAUGGAGAUGGAGAAGAGGAGCAAGGGAAGGAAAAAGUGUGUAAUGAACUUGAACGGAACACUUGCCACCAGUGCAAGAGAAAUGACAAGGGAAGGGUGGUUCGUUGCACCAGUUGUAAUGCAAAGAGAUACUGUUUACUUUGCAUCACCAGAUGGUAUCCCGGUGUGCCAGAGGAGGCUUUUGCAGAAAAAUGCCCUGUAUGUCUCCAAAACUGCAAUUGCAAAGCGUGCUUGCGAUUGGAUGGGUCUAUAAGGGCAAUGAAGAAAUUAAAAUUUGAAGUCAGCUUAGAGGAGAAGGUUCAGUACUCUAAAUAUAUAUUGCUACUGCUCCUGCCUUUCUUGAGACAAUUCAAUGCAGAACAAAUGACGGAGAGAGAGGUUGAAGCUAAGAUUCGUGGAGUAAUCCCUUCAGAGUUACAUCUACAAGAAGCAAAUUGCCAGCAGAAUGAGCGGAUGUAUUGCAACAACUGCAGAACAUCCAUUUUUGAUUUUCACAGAAGCUGUUCAAAGUGUUCCUAUGACCUUUGCCUUACCUGCUGCCAAGAGCUAAGGAAUGGCCACCUACAGGGGAGUGAAAAAGAAGUUGCCGUGAAAUACAUUAACAAUGGGCUAGAGUACUUGCAUGGUGACACUAAUAGUGGAACCGCUAUGAAAGGAAGCUCCAAGAAACGUGUUGACUAUAAAGUCAUUGAAGACGUUGAGUUAAAAUCUGAAUUGAAACCCAUUGAUACUGAAGAAAAACUUUUUCUCCCAAAGCCUGCUGGUGAUUGCUGUCUUCAAUGGAGAUCUGGAGAAAAUGGUGAAAUUCCUUGUCCACCAGAUAAUAUGGGCGGUUGCAAUGAGGGAAGCUUAGUAUUAAAGCACUUGUUAGGGGAGAAUUAUGUUUCAGAAUUGCUAGCAAAAGCAGAAGAAAUAGCAAAGACAUGCAAGUUGGACGAAGUGUCUGGAGAUUCUCAGCAGACUUGUUCUUGUUUGAAAUCAGUUAACAUGAAUGACCUUCGUAACAUGUUAUGCAAGGCAGCUUCUAGGAAGGAUUCUGAUGAUAAUUAUUUAUACUUCCCCGAAGCUAAAGAUCUUCAGCAUGAGGAUCUGAAGCAUUUCCAAUGGCAUUGGCGUAAAGGAGAACCUGUAAUUGUCAGUAAUGUUCUGGAAACUACCUCAGGAUUGAGUUGGGAGCCCCGGGUUAUGCAGCGCGCCUUCCGCCAGAAAAGAAGUCAAAACCAUUCGUUUCUUUUAGAUGUGAUUGCUGUCAACUGCUUGGAUUGGUGUGAGGUUCAAAUUAAUAUCUCCAAGUUUUUUAAGGGAUAUAUGGACUGUCAAUUUGACAGAUACGGGUGGCCUCAAAUUCUCAAGCUGAAAGACUGGCCACCAUCCAAUUUAUUUGAUGAGCGGUUGCCUCGUCAUGCUGCUGAGUUUGAAAACUGCCUUCCUUUCAAGGCAUACACGAGUCCUAAAAACGGGUACUUAAAUAUUGCUGUGAAGUUGCCGGAGGAUUCCUUGAAACCAGAUAUGGGACCAAAGACAUAUAUUGCUUAUGGAAUCCAUCAAGAACUAGGCCGUGGUGACUCUGUAACCAAGCUGCAUUGUGAUAUGUCUGAUGCGGUGAAUAUCUUGACACAUGCUCAAGGAACAAAAUUAACACCGGAACACCUUUUAACUAUAGAAGAGUUGAAAAAGCGGCAUGCUGCCCAGGAUCAAAAGGAACUGGAGAUGGGUGAUCAGCAGGAAAAAUGUGAAAGUGGAGUUUAUGCAUUGAAUGAUGAAUAUCCUCGUCACGAUUUGGUGACAAAAGCAAAGUCCGUUGAUCAAGGAGAUGAGAAAUCUGCCGCCUCGAUGAAGUUAGAGAUGCAGGGUAGUACUGAUGGGGUAUUGACCGGUACUCGGAAUAUUGCCUGCACUCCUGAAACUGGUGCAAAUGGUGAAGGGGCGGGAUGUAGAAGUAUGAACCUUAACUGCGAUAUGCAAUUAAGUAAUGACUCUGAAGUAUUAGAACACAGCGAUGGUGGCGCUCUCUGGGAUAUCUUUAGGAGGGAAGAUGUUCCCAAGUUGGAAAAAUAUCUAAGGAAGCACUUCAAGGAGUUCAGGCAUAUUCAUUGUUACCCUGUGCCACAUGUUGUUCACCCCAUACACGAUCAAGCUUUUUACUUGACUGUUGAGCAUAAAAAGAGGCUUAAGGAAGAAUACGGGAUUGAACCAUGGACGUUCAUUCAAAAAUUAGGAGAUGCUGUUUUCAUACCAGCGGGUUGCCCUCAUCAAGUUAGAAAUUUAAAGUCGUGCUUAAAAGUUGCUGUUGACUUCGUUUCUCCCGAAAAUAUUCACGAGUGCAUGAGACUGACUAAGGAGUUCCGAACUCUUCCUCAAAAUCACAGGGCCAAGGAAGAUAAACUGGAGGUUAAGAAAAUGAUCAUUUGUGCAGUGAAGGACGCACUGAACGAUAUUGAGAAAUUAACUUUGGAACCGACGGGGACAAGUUAACUCAAACCAACUGCAGAUUAUGAGAGAUGUGCUGUAUAUAGCUGUCUAACAUGUCAUCUGUUUUUUCCCACUGUUAUCAUUUGCUUGACCAUUUCCUCCGUUUUUGCUUUGUCGAAAAUUGGAGAAGAGUGUUUAAUUCCACGCUUGACAUGUUACCCUGAUUGAUGAAUUAUGAUCUUAAGAAUCAAAUUCGCAUUCCACAUUUAUUUC